AUAAAGACAUAUAAAUAUGAUAAUAAAUAAAAAUGUUUAAGACGUUGAAAGAACACAUUGUAAUAAAAAGUGAAGUAAUAAAUAUUUUUGACAAUUUUGUCAAUAUAAGUUUUUAACGAAAUAGACAUUUAGAAAAACAGAUUUUAAAUAUAAUAUAGAUAUUUAUAUUCUUUAAUUAAUGUGAUAUUAGAUUAAAGGUGUAUUUUGAAAUGGUGUUACUGAAGUUAUUUAAACUUAUCUACAAAUUAAAAUUAUGUUCUGUGUACAUUGGAUGUAUCUACGAUGAUUUGGAUGCAUGGCCAGAAACUUGCAAAACAGGACAACGUCAGUCACCCAUAGAUUUAAAUCAAAAAAAGGCGGAGGCACAAACGCCAGAUCUGUUUAAAUUCUAUUCAUAUAAUAAACGGUUCAGAGCAAACAUACAGAACAGUGGACAUGGAGUUGUGAUAACCUUCACCCCAGAGAAUAAAGAAGCCGUGAGUUUAGCUGGAAGUGUAUUACCUGAAACGUACAUUUUUGAUAAUUUACACUUUCACUGGCCUUCUGAACAUACCAUUAAUGGAAAAUAUUAUCCACUUGAAGCACAUUUUGUACAUUACGCCAGAUCUGCUGGCAGUGUAGCUGAAGGGUUGAAGAGACCUAAUGGAAUUGCUGUCUUGGGUGUUUUAUUGGAAUUAUCUUUCGAUACAAACCCAGCAUUUGAAUCAAUUAUAAGAGCGUUGCCGAAUAUAACGGAAAGUAUAAAAAAGCCAGUUGAACUGGAUAAACCAAUCUCAUUGGCCGCUUUCGUUCCAGCAAAUAAGAAAUCGUAUUUUUACUAUGAAGGAUCGUUGACUACGCCGGAUUGUAAUGAGGCCGCACUUUGGACAGUUUUUACGCAACGUGCAAAAAUUGGAUACAAACAGUAUAACAUACUGAGGCAUAUAUACAACAACAAAAAGCAGUUGCUUAUUAUGAAUAAUAGACCUCUACAACAACUUAAUGGAAGGAGUGUUAAGUAUGCUACUUGUUGCUAAUUGAUAACUUGUUAUUUGUAAUUUGCUUAUUAAAUAAGUACAAACAUUUUAA